GUGGUGGAAGCCGGCGGAGGUAAUCUGCGGCCGGCGGUUAGGCGAGCGCGAGAGCGGUAGGAGUGUCUCCCGCUGGGGCCGAUCAGCCCCCUCGUACCGCAUUUAAAAAAGAGGCUACAUGAUCAGUGAAGAGCUUCAACAGCAGAUUGCUACAGAAGAUCAUUGUUUUUUCCCUUCGUGGCAAGCUGCCUUCAGAUAAUGUACAAUGGGACUACAAAUUCAUUUUGUGGUUGACCCGCAGGGGUGGUGCUGCAUGGGCAUGAUUAUCUUCGUCUGGCUUUACAACACACUCUUUAUUCCCCAAAUUAUCCUCUUUCCUCACUAUGAAGAGGGACAUACUUCAGCUGCAGCGAUACUGUGCUACUACUUAGUUUCAUUGUUUUGUAUAGUUUCGUUAUUGAGAGCCUCCAUAGCGGAUCCAGGAAAACUACCUGAAAGGCCAAAGAUACCACUUACAGAACGAGAAUUUUGGGAACUAUGUAAUAAAUGUAAUAUGAUGAGACCAAAGCGAUCCCAUCACUGCAGUCGCUGUGGACACUGUGUUAGAAGGAUGGAUCAUCACUGUCCGUGGAUUAACAAUUGUGUUGGUGAAGACAAUCAUUGGCUGUUUCUGCAGCUAUGUUUCUACACUCAGCUUCUUAGUUCCUAUACAUUGAUACUUGAUUUCUGCCACUAUUAUUAUUUUCUACCUCUGAAAAAAGUUAACUGGGAUCUCUUUGUAUUUAGACAUGAACUUGCCUUGCUAAGGCUAUCGACCUUCAUGGGCAUAAUAAUGUUAGGUGGAAUAAGUGGACUCUUUUACACUCAGCUAAUGGGUAUUUUCACUGAUACAACAAGUAUAGAAAAAAUGUCAAACUGUUGUGAAGAAAUAUCGAGGCCCCCAAAGCCAUGGCAGCAGACCUUCUCAGAAGUUUUUGGCACUCGCUGGAAGAUCCUGUGGUUUAUUCCUUUCAGGCAGAGGCAACCACUGCAAAUUCCCUACCACUUUGCCAAUCAUGUCUAAACAGAUGGAUGGUGGGCACAGAUGGGUCCUCCAUGCUGGAAGUGUGUUACAGGUUUUAUGAUAAUAGAACUAUGACAGUCCUCAAGUCAGUUAAAAUCCACCUACCAAUCUUAGACAUCAUAAUGUGCUCCAGGCUUUAUUUUAAUAGUGAUUUUGAUUCUGUUGUGGCAUUAGUACUAGUUCUAAGUUUAAGUUUAAGGCAUAUUUACUUUCAAAUUAGUUUUCCAGAGGGAAUUCUUGUGUGUUUGAGGUUAAUAAAAAAAACAUAAAUGAUUGAGAUACAAUGUUACCCAAUUUUGUUUUGAUACUGGAUAUUUUGAUUUUUUUUUUAAGGAUACACUGAAGUUUACAUAGAUUAAUAGAGUUCAAACAAAGUGUCUCAUUCUGCAUUUAAUUUUUUAGUAUUUUUUAUUAGUAGAUUUAUCUGGAUUAUGUAAAGGUCUUUUUCUGCUAAUUGUGUUUAAAAUUCUCUGUUUUCUUUUAUUUAUGAUGCAUGAUAUUAAUCAUGCAGUACAGCACUGGAAAAAGGUGGUAUUUUAACAGAAGCAGACUUUUUCCUAAACUUUUUCUAGAAGUUUUUUUUUAUAUAUAAGGGAGAUCUUGUAUCUUAUGUUCUCACUUUUGUAAAAAUGUAGUCUUAAUACAAUAAGUUAUCAUAGUCCUUGUGUCAGUAAAAGCUAUGAGAGCAAAUACCAUAGGGGAAACUAUGCAGAUAUAAAGCAUGUUUUUCCCUUUUCUCCACAUGGACUUCCUUGUAACUUGCAAUAAUUCCACAUAUAAUCGAUAUGGUACGAAUAUUAGAGUACAUACGUUUAAAAAAUGAGGUUUAAUCAGUCAAUAUAAGGUAUCAUGUAUGAAUAUAGAAAGUAGUGUGUGGUCACUAAAGUUAUACUUAACAUUUUGUUUUGGUUAGUCACUGCUAGAACUAGAAUUAGAAUUACUUUUCAGGUGUUUAUGUAUAAUGGGCAACGCGUAUGGAAUAUACUUUUUUAGUAUUUUAUUUAUAUGUAAAUAUUGAUGUUAUAGACAAGCAUUAAUUUCUGUGUGAACAGGGUAAUUGAACUGCACUAAUUUCCUCUUGUGUCUUGUGUGGACAGGGGACCAUUUUGCUCUUUUUCUGGGAUAGGAGGGUCACUUCUUUUUAGAAGUGGUUAACAAGAAAUGUUAACCUUAAGAUUAGAGCUGGUCAAAUAGUAAACUGAUACACAAAUAGAAGUAUUGCCUUUGUUUUGCUAUGAUUUAGAACAUUGUGUUAUUUGUUGUUCAUGUAUGUCUCAGCAAUUGUCAGGUAUUUGGAAAUCUUGAAAGGUUCAUGAAUUGUCACAAGGAUAAAAUUCAUAGUCUGCGUUACUCACUAUUCUGCCUAAAAAGUUUAUCAUCCAAUCUAAGAGCAGAAAUAACAGCAUGCAACUUAGGUGACUACCAUACAAUAUGAAUAACAAAUAGUGAAUAGUCAAAGCAAACAAGACAUAAGCUGAAAAUUAUAUAUUUCAGGCUAUUUGGGAUUUCUAGAAUUCUGAGAGAAAGUUCCUUUCACUCUCUCUUUCACUGUUAGUUUCUUUGUGGGAGAGUCUUAUGGCUGUUGUUUAAACCAAAGAGGUGAUGAAAAUGCUGAUCUGGCCUUUGAAAUUUACAAAUGAGCACUGUAUAAAGUAACUGCUGCAUCUCCUUUAAGAAAAAGCAAGUAGCCUGUUGUAUUCCCUGUGACACUCUGGGUUUUCAUUCUGCUUAAACGUGUUUUGCAAAACACAUGCAUCUAAAUAUAGGAUUGGGAUUUUUUUUAUUUGAUAAUGAAUUAGCGUAGUUUGCAGGUUGUAUCAUUUAAAUAAGUGUUUCUCAACUACCAGUCCCUGAGAUCUGCCUGAUACAGUUUAGGAAGGCAGCAAGCUGGUCCCUGGUAUCAAAAAGCGUGAGAAACCCUGAUUUAAAGCACUGAGCCUUUGAUUAAAGAGAAGAUAAACAAGUUUAAAUGUCCUUGACUCACUCAUUAUGGAAUGUACAUUUAUUCCUUCUGUGUUUCUUAUAUCUUCCUUUCGGUUAUUUAACUUUGGGGAAAACACAUUUGCAGUACAUGAAUUGUUGCAGUAUUGGACCAUGAAUUGUAAACAGUGCAUUUAAAUUUGGUAAACUGUACCUAUACAAGAAAUGAUGGGAGCAUGAAAUCUUUGCUAUUUUUUGUCUGCGUAAUUAGUCUAAAUCUAAUAUUCUGUAAAUAUGUUCCAAAUAAGAGGAAAUAACUAGAUUGUGACCUUAUCCUAAAAUGACACGGAUCUUGAGUUAAAAAUAAAGAAAGUCUGAAUGUAUAUAGUGUAAACUGUACAUAUGUAUAAACAUAUGCAUAUCUGCAGUUUACAAGAUGUCCAGUUUGGUUGAUUAGCAGGUGUUUUUACCUAGUAUGGUUUAGGACUCUGGCCUGUUGGGCUUGUGGUGAAGUUGACACAUACUCAAGUCUUAAGGAGAGCUUUUCAUCUCUUGUUCCCCAAGUGCCCUCUUUUGGCCAAGUCAUGCAAUGACAUUAGCUCUUGUAUUAGAGAAGAGAUGAUGUCCCUGCAGUUAUAAUUCAUAGAUUGCUGAGGCCUCAUACUCGGACAGUGAUGAUUUGGAGCCAUAACUUGGAGAGAACAGAAAACAAUACACCCAAAGUAUGUGGUUUGCAGGAAUCUAUAUUCUUGCGACUCUAGCUUAUAUCCCAAAUACAAAAGCACUGUUGUUGUCUUGCCUCAGAUAAAAAUGAAACAUGUCAGACCUCUUGCAAAUCCUCAGAAUAGGUCUGUGGUUUAUAUAACUAUACUCUUUUUGUCAAAUGAGGCAGAAUAUAGAUUGCAUAACCCAAUACCGACUUUCCUUUUGAGCAAUCUGUUGUACAUUAAAAUUCAAAAAUAAAGCAUCAGAGUUACUGUUGCUGAAAUACACAUACUCAUUCUCAUGUUUCGUGAUACACCCUUAAAUUUUGUCUGACUGUUUUAUGUGAGAAUGGUAAUGCUAAAGUGCAGAGGGUCUCAGAUUUUUUCCACAGUGAUGGAUUUUCUUGUAGACCUCUCCCUUUUCAGCCUCUGAAUCCCAUUCCCACACUUUGCCCACAGCAACUGUAAUGUUCAGUUAUACAGAAUCCUAUUAGGUCAGUAGUGAGUGAUCUGCUUCAUUUUAUACCCCAUUUUGCAUUUCUGCUGUUUAUUUCUAUAAAAUCUUCAAAUUUUGCGGGGCCCAAUUUGAGACAUCUUUAAGAGGCUUGAUUUUCAGAACGUGCUGAGUAUCCAUCUUUUGAAAAUCAGGCCUCUUUAAUAUGUCUGAAGUUAGGCAUCCAAAAUCACUUGUCAUUUUUGAUAAUUUAGGGCAAGAGCGUUCUCAUAUUAUUCACUUAUUAAAGCAUUUGUUCUGAAAUUGUGAUUUCCAGAGCUGCUUCUGUCACAGAUGUAAAGGAUCUUCUAGCAGUAGUGUUACUAACAUUUCUCCCUAUAGCUGUAGCCUUGUGUUUGGGGCUCUUGUGGCCACUGUUUAGAGGAUAUAUUUGACCACUUAAUCUUAAAGCAAAACAAAACAAAAAAACUCUCUUCAUAUUAUACCCCAUGUAGCUAGUUUUAUUUGCUUCUAUCAACUGCCUGUUUUCUUUGGUGUCAAUUCAGUCUUGUUUCAAUUUGUGGAUAUCAUCAAAAUUGGAAGAGGGACAGAACCACGUUUCAAAGUAGCCUGAAGAGGUUAGAACAGUAUUGGAUACUAGCUGCUAUUUAUUUUCUUGCAUUUAUUCCCUUUUUGUUGUAUUGCGGCUUUGGUCAGGUUUUAAUAUUAAUCUACUCUUUUGUAAGGCUUGGCUGCACAGGGAAAUUAAUUCAGAUUAAAGUAGGAUUUUAUUAAUUUUAUGCAGAGUAGUUGUUUCACUCCCUGUGUGAAUUAUUAAUCCAUAAUGAGUGUCCACACAAGUGGUUAAUCAGGAAUAGCGACUCUAGAAUAACUCCUCAUAUAGACAAGCUAUAAAGUUCAUAAACCUUGUGAAUAUGAACAGUACUACGGGGUUGCCUACUAAUAAGUAUGCAUUUCAUUGACUGUUGUAGAAAUAUUAACUAUGAGACAAUAACAGCUAAAUUUACUGUAGCAUACAAAUGGAAAUCCAAGCUCUGAGAGUGCUCUGGAAACAUUUUGUUUCCUUUUCAGCAACGGGAUGUUGUGAUGUAGUAGAAGUAUGGCAUCAGAAGGGUUGGUCGGAGUCUGGACAAUAAGGUGUUUGGAACAUUUAACAUCUUUUGCUAUGAGCUAGUGGUUUCAAAUUACACUUAAAACAUCUCAACUACUAGCAUGGGCAUUCUGAAACUAAAUCGAAGCAAGAUUCCUAGUUAAAUGUUGGCCAACAGCAUAUCUUUGGUGCUGGGCAUUUAAAUGAGUGUGCCACAUCAGAAUGAUUUCUCUGUAAAUGUUAUUAAAAACAGUUCUGGCUGGCAGUGAAGUUAAGAAAUAUUCUUUUUCACUCUUGGGUGUAACUUAUUACUAAUCAGGUUUGCAUUUCACUGAAGAAACAGGCAGCUAAUAGACAUGACUCAGAAUAGCUACAAAGGAUGUAAAAUAAUGGGCACCAAUGUAAGAACAUGGAUGGACGGACAGACUUUGCAGUAGGAAAACUCCUGUGCAUCUUGGAUCUUAUAAAAGGACGAAUGAGGGAGAAAGAUUCAUAUCCAACAAAAAGAAGGUUAGGAUGGUGCCAAAAGAGUUGUUUGUUUCAGCUUUAGUAAAUUACGAACAAGAUGCAAACAGCAGGAACUAUACAAUUUAUAUGUACACUAUAUCCCUCUUUUCCAUUCAUCACCUUAUAAUACUAACACAGGACUCUUUAAAAGCACAUCUUGUGUUGCCUAGUUUUAUUCAGUAAAUAUGCGAAUGAUAUUUUUCUUCAGUAAUGAGCAAAGAGUUAUUGCAGUUUGUAUUGUAGCAAACCUCUAAUUAUCUAUGUAAGGAGCCUUGAUCAUGAAGAUGGUACCUGAGCAUCAUUGCUACAGAUUAUUUGUUGUAAUAAGUCAGUGAAACAUUAGUUAUGUAAAUGUUUCACUAGUUCACAGCAAAACAUUAUGCUUGUUUUAUAAGUUGUACAUAAUCUGCCAACCUUUCUCGCAUCAAUACAAAAAUAGCAGACUUUUCUGUCAUGUAGAAGAUACAUCAUAUCAUUUAACAUGUCUAUGAUUUCUAUACCCUUCCUUUUCCCAAAACUUGAUUUUACUGCCAACCACAAAUAAUAAGAGACCACUGUAGCUUUAACUAACCACCUGUAUUACAAGACAGAGGUAAUUUACAGUGUUUAUAAUUAGUCCUGAGCCCAGUUUUCCAACUGGAUAUAACAUCCCUUUACUAAAAAGACUAAACGUUCUGUUCCAAAUAUGGUGGAGUCUUGACCUCCUGAGAAAUAAUAGUCACUUCUUCCAUAUAUAUGUGUCAUAAGGUCUAUGUCUUGUGUCACAGUGAGGAUAAAUAAUAAUAAUUAAUCUGUGUAAAAUAGCUACAAUUUAAACUAUUGUGAAAUAGCUAAGUGUACCUCAGUUCUAUCCAAUACUGAAAGAUAAAAGAAUAGCUUGAAGCAGUGUGGACAUUAAUUGAUCCCACCUCUUGCUAAUAUAGCCUUGUUAUGUACAGUGGAAUAAUCAACUAAUUAAUUGCUUUACCAAGGCUUAUAACAAGUUUCUGUUUCACCCAUACUUCUGUGAUUGAGAGAACAGAAAUUUUUAUUUAAUUUUCUGAGAACAAAAAUUAAUGUUCUGCAUUUGUCCUUCAAACUAGUUAGUACCAGUCUUUUUCUAUUACCAGGCCAUCAUACCUUACACUACAAUGGCUCUCAAACUUCUGUAGUGGUGACCCCUUUCACACAGCAAGCCUCUGAGUGCGACCCACUAUUAUAAAUGCUGGAGGUGAAGUAGGGGUUGGGGUGGAGGCUGACAGCUCACGACCUCCCAGGUGCUAACCUCAUGACUCCCAGUUUUAGAACCCCUGUUAUACUACAUUCUGUAACCAAGAAUUUGCUACUAAAAAGCAACUAGACCAAACACUCCAUCUAUCCACACGCUCUCAGUGAAAGGUGUCUUUGUGGGUCAGACCUACAAAUAUCUCAGGGGUUGUCACUUCAGCUCACCCAACCAUCUUUGGUCUGGAUUUUUCUUUUCCAGGUCACUGUCAAUCACAACAGGCAGCUAUUGUGCCAUCCUCUUUAGCUUCUUCAGUGCUUCUUUUGUGUACACUGCUGCAUUCUACUAGGCCUCAGGUUGCUAUCCCUGUGUGCAUCAGGUUAGUAGUCAGGAGCCAUGAUGAUUUGAGAAGAGAACAAAAACUUGCUUCACCUCAUUGCCCCAAUCCUCCUGUCCCUCUUCUGCCUUCAGAUUCCACGUGUGCCAAACAGACAGCAACAAAGUAUAGGCAGCGCCAUGGUGUCUAGUGCUCAUCAAAAGACAAUUUGGAGGUCUGAAAUUGUAGGGCCCAGAUCCUUGUGCAUUAGUCCGCUCCUGAUUUUGGGUAGCUUUGUAUUGCUGAGUAAAUUUGCCUAAUUGAAUUGUCUGUCAGUUGUAAUGACACAUGUAAACUUUUUAUUUGGGAAGGAGGUAGCUGUGUCUAAAUACAACUGCCAUACAACACUUGAGUUUUUGGAAGGGCUAAGCACCCACAUUUCCAGCUGAAGCCAAUGGAAGCUGCAGGUGUUUCACUUCUCUGAAAAUCAAGACACCAUUGCCUUGAAGUCCUGAACUGCAUCUAUUAUCUUUUCUAGUCACUUUUACAUUUAAACAGCAUAUUGCAGCACUUUGUUAAGUGUGCAUCGUAAGGAUGAGUGUGGUGUGAAAACGAAAACCUUUGCACAGAGUUCACUUAAGUUUGCUUAAGUUCACUAGGUUUGAAGUUUUCUUGUGAGGCACUAACUCAUAGUCUGACAACAGGGGAUCUGAACUUUGAGGGCUCACUUGAUUAUAAUGUAGUUUGGUCCUAUCUAUGCAGACAAAAUCAUACUGUGUUAUAAGAUUAUUCUACAACAUAGGAAUUUUGCUGGUAUAGAUAGGCCCAGCUCAGUCCUUCUGCUCCCAAGCACCCUGGGGCUGAGCACCUUGAUUACAGUCCCCAAGUAAUGUGAACACCACCACUGACUAGCUCUUGCUGCAGGCAUGCAAGGCUCUCUUUGGCAACCGGAAAAGUCACUGGUUUCACAGCCUGAGAAGGUGUAGGGUAAAUUUUUAUUUUUAGAUCUCAGUCUCUCUAGUUGCAUUUCUUUUAUUCUGUUGUGGUGCAGCUGUAAAUACAUAUUAAUGUGUCUUCUAGGGUUGGGAGCAAGGGGUUUAAUUACUUAAAAUCCUGAGAUAUGUAAUUCCCUGUUGGUUCUGUGUAAGCAAACAUGCAGAAAAGCUGUCAUACUCCUUUGUGGAUUCUGAGCUAGUGCUGCUUUUUCAUGAUGUAGUAAAACACAGCAGAAACUCACUGUACAUCUUCAGCAUUGUUUUUGACACACACAUAAUAUUCAGGUUAUUUUUAAACUGUGGGUGCCUUAAGUCAGUAUUUCCUGACUAAAUGUGCUAUAUGCAGUGUCCUGGUACUACUACAGUAGCAUUUAGUAAUUGGAGAUCCUGACUGUUGCACCAACAGUGGUUUUGUCCACUUGGGAAAUUUAUGUUCUCACAUACAUAUGCUUUGUAAAAUAAGAUUUAAUCUCAUUCAGACCAGUUUCUGUUUAACAAAACUUAGUAUCCAGACGUUAUUGCCAUAGUUGAUUUUAAAUGUUAAUUAUGGAUGGUUUUGCAAUUAUGCCAGAUAGUAAAGUAUGUUUUUGCCAUUUAAUUGAAUUAUUCUGACACAAUUCAGUUAACUUACAGGAUAAUUCAACAAACUGGGGUUUUGAGAGCAAAUUACGUGGCACUGAUCUCAGUCACUUAAGUUUUUCCUUGUGCACAAUGUAAUAGAUUUCUCUCAUCCAUGUUACACUGACACACUUUAUUCUGUCAUUUAAAAAAUCAUAGGACUGGAAGGGACCUUGAGAGGUCAUCUAGUGCAGUCCCCUGCACUCAUGUUUGUUGGCAUCCUUUCAUCUGUGAGAGAUGGUGGGAAUUGCAGCCUAUGAUGUAGAUGGUUUUCAAUGUCUCGUGACUGAAUAGUCCAAUCCGAGAUUUGCAAGAUCUUUGGCAGUUAUUGCAAAUGUAUGUAUCUUGGUUGGGAGCUGCUUGCUUCCUAUGGGCUCUUUUCUCUUCAAGCUGUAGGAAUCAGCUUCUGUCAUGGACCCUGAUACCCUGAUGGAGACGAUGGCACCACUUGUUACGAUCACUUGCCAAGAUUUCCCAUUAGUCAGGAUCAACUCCAAAUUCCUUCAUAUGUCUCUUGCAUGUGCCUUUAUAGCAAAGCUUGGGACGUCCUGUUGUUCUUGUUCCUUCUGAUAGCUCCCCGUAUGCUAUGUCCUUGAGUAUGCGCCUGUCUUCCAACCUACUCAGAUGGCCCAGCCAGCACAGUUGUCUGCUUGAGCAGGGCUGUCACACUUGGUAAAUUUGUCUUUCGAAGAACCUCCGUGUUGGUAACUUUAUCAUACAUAGGUGGAAACUGUUUAGCCUUUUCUCCUGAUAAGCAUAAGUUGUCCAUGAUUCCCCACCAUACCUGAGAGGGGUGAGGAUGAUAAGCUUUGAGUUGUUCCGUGCUCUUUUAGUUAGUCUGCUAAAAAUGGUGGCAGCCUUUCCAAUGAGAACAUUUAGUUCUUCAGCCAGUGAGAGGUUGGUGGUCACUGUAGAACCUAAAUAGUUGACUUCUUGGACUAUUUCUAGCUGGUUUGCAUUCAAGGUAAUUGAAGGGUCUUGUGGAACCCCCUGUCCUAAUACAACUGUUUUAUUGAUGCUGAUGGUAAGAGCAAAUGCCUGACAGGGACUGGAAAGGCGGCCCAUGAGUUCUUGUAGUAGAUCUUCAUUGUGGCCUAUGAGGGCAGCAUCAUCAGUGAAUAGAAGUUCCUUGAUAAGCACCUUUUUGACUUUGGCCUUUGACUUAAGUCGGGACAGGUUAAAGAGUUUCCCAUCUGAUCUUGUGUGGAGAUACUCUCCAUCUUUCAUGUCUUUAAACACAAAGUUCAAUAGAACAGAGAAGAAGAUUGCAAAGAGUGUAGGGGCAAGAACACAUCCUUGCUUCACUCCACUUUUCAUCUCAAAGCUGUCUGAAGUGGACCCAUCAAACUGGACAGUUGCUUUCAUGUUGUUGUGGAAUGAACAUAUAAGACUAAACAACGUUGGUGGGCAUCCCGUCUUUUCUAGUAUCGCAAAUGAAUAUUGGCAUUCAUGGCAGGACUAAGUAUUAUCUAGACCAUCUCUGACAGGUGUUUGUCUAACCUGCUCUUAAAAAUCUCCAGUGAUGGAGAAUCCACAAUCUCCCUAGGCAAUUUAUUCCAGUGCUUAACCACCUCAACAGUUAGGAAGUUUUUCCUAAUGUCCAAACUAAACCUCCCUUUCUGGAAUUUAAGCCCAUUGCGUAUUGUCCUAUCAGCGGUUAAGAACAGUUUUUCUCCCUCUUCCUUAUAACAACCUUUUAUGUACUUGAAAACUGUUAUCAUGUCGACUCUGUCUUCUCUUUUCCAGAUUAAUAAACCCAGUUUUUUCAAUCUUCCUUCAUAGAUCAUGUUUUUAUAACUUUAAUCAUUUUUGUUGCUGUUCUCUGAACUUUCUACAAUUUAGUCCACAUCUUUCCUGAAAUGUGGUGUCCAGAACUGGACACAAUACUCCAGUUGAGGCCUAAUCAGCGCGGAGUAGAGUGGAAGAACUGGUUCUGUCUUCACAGAUUGAAUUAAUUAAAUUAUCAAGGUAAUCUGUUCUGAAAAUACACCGAUUACAAGAGCUAAUUUCAGUACUGUUCAAAGAUAUUUGAAAACCAAAUGAAAUGCAAUAGAUGCCUGACAUGUAUGUUGUUUAUAUCAAAAUGGUAUUAUCAUUGUAAACAAUAUACUGUAAAUUAAACACUUUGUUCAAUUUUGUGUGUGUAGUUCAGGUUGAAGAUCGUUAAGAGUGCAGAAUACAUACUGGCAGUUGUUCCCUGUCUUUAUAAAAGGAAAAAUAGUCAUUUCUCUUGGAUUAAGGCUAAUUAUGAUCUGGACUGGUCAAAAUGGUAAGAUUUCAAAACCUUUUGGGGGUCAGAGAGUGCUGCUGUUUAUAUUUAAAAAAAAAAAUUGUGGAGAGUGCUGUUGGACAGAGUGAGAAGAGCUGCCCUCAAAGACCAAAUCAGCUAUUUUGUUGUGUUAUGCCUUUAUCCCGUACUGGAUAUUUUAAAAAGCAUCUUCCAAAACAUUCCUAAAAACUAGUACAAUGUAGCUGAGCGUUUCAGACAAUAAGAGCCUGAUUCAGCAGAUACUUAAGCGUAUGGCUACCUUGAAACACAUGAGUAGUCCCUUGCUGAACCUAAGGUUCAAAAUCUGCUCUGUUGCUCCCAUUAACUUCAGUAGAGUUCUACCUGUUUACCUCUUAAGCAUAAUUUGGACCUAAAGUAGGAUAUACAUUUCUCAAGUUGUACAGGAAAUCUGAGGCAAACUUCAAGAUAUGUGCACAUUUGUGGGAAAAGUCAAUAUUUUUCUGAAUAUACAUAAACUGACUUUCCCAGGUCUGCAAUACUGAAGAUUAUAUAGAUACUCUGUCUCCUGAAUGGUUUUCAACCUAAGUGCCAUAAUAAAAUAUAUUCUGUAGCCAUCUAUAUCAAAUUUUGUAAUUUGGGCUUUCUGAAUUUUGUAAUUCACUUAAUCUGCAUGUUGUUUUUUAUUGUUGUGUUUUCUGUUUGUUUCCAUUUACUUUAAUACUGUUUACAUUAGAUAUGUUGAGAAUGACUAGUGCUGAAGUUUAGCAAAAGAAGUGCAUAAAUAAUCAAUGCGUGAUGUUUGAGGAGAAUGGUACCAAAACACUUGCUCUGGUAUUCUUUUUUAUUAAAAUCGAAACGUGAAAUGUGUAUCCACCUUAUAAACAAUGAUUUGUAUUUAUUUUGAUGAUUGUUUCAUUUGUGUAAUGUUUCUGUUUUUCUUUCCAGAAUGAUGUAAGUUACAUUGUGAAUAUUUUGAUUUGUAUUGACAUGUAUUAUGUACUGUAUUUUUAGAAAUUUUAUUUUUAAAUAAAAAUCAAAAAUUCUGUUUUUCCU